AUGUCAUAAAAGCGCUUGAAGAGAUGCUUAAAACUAAAACAGAUUAUAAUGUUAUUAUUCAAAUUGGAAAAGAACAUAAUUUUAAGGAAUUUCAUGUACACUCAAAUAUCUUGCGCUUUAGAUCCGAAUAUUUUAAUGAAAUACUUUCUGCUGAAAAUAUAGAGAAGAAAGACGGAAAAUAUAUAGUUAAGAAACAAAAUAUAACUCCACAAGCUUUUGAUACUAUUCUUAAGUAUCUUUAUACUGGUCAUAUUAAUUUCGAUAAUAAAACCGGAACUGAGCUUUUGGAUAUUAUGAUCGCCUCCGACGAACUGAAAUUGAAACAAUUAACUAAAAUUACCGAAGAAUUUAUUAUUGAAAAUUAUCAACAAUUCUUACAAAAUGAUCCAGUUGGAAUUCUUCAAAUUGUUUAUUAUAAUAAAUCACUUGUUAAUCUACAAGAAUUUUGCUUGGAAACAAUUUGUUCUGAUCCUAAAGUUUUAUUCGAUUCCAAUAAGUUUAUCAAUUUACCUGCUCCUUUACUAGAAAUUAUUUUAAACCGAGAUGAUUUAGAUUUAGCCGAAAUUAAAGUUUGGGAAAGUUUAAUCAAAUGGGGACUAGCCCAAGAACGAACACUUGAUCAAGAUGUUACUAAAUGGAAUCAAGAUAAUUUUAGCCAAUUUCAAAGAAUUCUUUAUAAAUUCAUCCCUUUAAUUAGAUUUUGUGAAAUAUCAUCUGAGGAUUAUAUCAAUAAGGUUAAACCUUAUAAAAAAAUUUUAUCGAAAGAAUUAAGAGAUGAUAUUUUAAAAUUUCAUAUGCUUCCUGGAUAUGCAUCAAUUUUCAAAAUUUCACCAAGAUGUCCCAAAUAUCAAUUUGAUUCCGUUAUAAUUGAUCGAUCAGAUUGCUUUGUGUUUUUUGCAAAUUGGAUUAAUAAAAAAGGAGAAUAUGACAAUUUUGAAACUAUUCCCUAUAAAUUUAAUCUCUUAUACAGGGCUAGCAGGGACGGCAAUACAGCCGAAGCAUUUCAUGAAAAAUGUGAUAAUAAAGGAGCAACUAUAGUUAUAGUAAAAAUCAAUGGAACAGAACAAAUAAUUGGUGGGUAUAAUCCAUUUGAUUGGGAUUCAAGUAGGUAUUGUAAUUAUAAGCAUACAACAGACAGUUUUAUGUUCUUAUUUACAGAUAGAAAGAACAUAAAAUCUGCAAAAGCAGGCUAUAGUAGUGGUCACGCUUCUAUAGGUUGUUAUCAAAAUAAUGGACCAAUAUUUGGUCACUAUCUUUAUUAUUCAAGUUCCACUUGGUUGGUUAGUGGUGAUCAUUCAGGGAAUUAUCCUGAUAUUAACAUUCCAAUUACAUUAUUUAAAAAUACAAAUUUUAAUGAUUAUGAAGUUUUUCAAGUUAUGAAGAAAUCAUAUUAGUGUCUCAUUAUCUAAUUCUUGAUCUGGACAGAGGGAAUAUAAUCAGUGACUAUAUUCUUCUCAUUACUUUUUAAUAUUAUUUGCCAUGUAAGUCUGCCAGAGGAUUGAGUGUUUUAUUCUUAUAUAGCGAAUAAUUUUUUCGGGUUUUUUCAGGAAAUUCAAUUUAUGAUUUUAUUAUAUUAUAUAUUAUGAAAAAAGAUUUUUCAAAUUAAAAUCACUAUGCAAAGUAAUCAUCGAUUCUGUGAUCACACGAAUUUAAUAUUCUU